GUUUCGGGAAGAACCUCCGGGAAAGCUACUGCAGAGGUUAAGAGAGAACAGGACAUUAUAAAAGGCUUUUCCAUUAGUAAGAAAUAUUCUAAAACUACAAAAUUGUGUGACUUUAUCUUCCCAAGGAAAACAAGAAAGUCCUUAAGAAAAAAGAAGAACAACAUGAAAAUAGAAGAUAUAUGUGAGAGUACCAUGAUUAAGAUGAAUGGCAUUACAAUAAGAUUAUGGCAGAAUUACGACCCGAGUUUGUUGCAUUCUAAAGGUACUCGGCGUUACCAGUGCUAUGCCUGCAAGAAGAAUUGUUUGAAUGAAGCUCACCUAAGGAAACAUGAAGAAAAACAUCCAUUUUGUCAAUAUCGGAGGAAACGUUCUAGAUCCCAAAAGGAGUUUCACCUGUGUCAGGUGUGUCAGAUAUCUGUACGAACGCUUGGAAGCCUCCGUUUCCCACUCCCUGAGUCAGGACACCGCGGAUGGUAAAGGGCAGA